UGAUGCUUUUCACUCUCAACUUCACUAUCACCAACCUGCUCUAUACCCCAGACAUGGGACACCUAGGCUCCAGAGAGUUCAACUCCACCGAACAGCACCUGAAUCGCCUGCUUGAGUCCUUGUUCAAGAAUACCAGUAUUGGCCCACUUUACUCUGGCUGCAGACUGACUUUGUUCAGGACUGAGAAGGAUGGGGCAGCCACUGGAGUGGACACUGUUUGCUCCUACCGUCCUGAACCCAUGGGCUCUGGGCUGAACAGAGAACAGUUGUAUCAGGAGUUGAGCCAACACACCUAUGGUAUCACCCGGCUGGGUCCCUACACCCUGGACAGAGACAGUCUCUAUGUCCAUGGUUAUAACCAUCAAUACUGGACCCCCACCACCAGCACUCCAGUGACCUCUACAUCCUCUUCCAGACCCUCCACGUCUCUGUCCCAUACUCCCAACUCUACAGGCCCUUCUCUGGUGUCCUUCAUCAUCAGUUUUAUCAUCACCAGUCUGUACUAUACAGAGGACAUGGGGAAGCCAGGUUCUGAGAUAUUCAACACAACAGAAGGAAUCUUGAAUCGUCUGUUCAGGUCCUUGUUCCAGAACAGCAGUAUUGGGCCCCUCGACUCUGACUGCAGACUGACCUUGCUCAGGUCUGAGAAGAAUGGUGAAGCUACUAGAGUGGAUGCCAUCUGUACCCACUGUACUGACACUGCAGGCCCUGGGCUGGACAGAAAGCAGCUGUACUGGGAGCUGAGCCAGCUGACCCAUGGUGUCACCCAGCUGGGCCCUUACACUCUGGAUCAAGACAGUCUCUAUGUCAAUGGUUACACCCACCAGGCCCUGGCCACCACACCCAUCACUUCAGAUGGACAGAGUCCAAUACCCCCAAAUUCCAAGGUGUGGGAACAUCCCCCUGGCGUCUCCAAGGCCUGA